AUGAAGUCCGUUGCUUUUGCAUCCGCCCUGCUGGCGGCCACCGUCUCGGCCAAUCCCACUCCCACCGAGGAGCAACCUCCCAGCAAGCGGUCCAGCUUGCCCUCUGUCACAGCUUCCGGCAACGCAUUCUGGACCGGAAGUACUCGAUUCUAUGUUCGCGGUAUCGACUACCAGCCUGGCGGUUCGUCCAACUUGGCCGAUCCGUUGGCUGACACUUCUGUCUGCAAGCGUGACAUUGCCGAGUUCAAGAAGCUCGGAAUCAACACUGUCCGUGUAUACACCGUUGACAACUCUGCCAGCCAUGACGACUGCAUGAGCCAGCUGGCUGACGCUGGCAUCUACCUGAUUCUCGAUGUCAACAACCCACUCUACUCGAUCAACCGCAACAGCCCCGGCGAGUCCUACAACGACGUCUAUCUGCAGAGUGUCUUCGCCACCAUUGACGAGUUCGUCAAGUACGACAACACUCUGGCGUUCUUCUCUGGAAACGAGGUUGUCAACGAUCAGGCGAACACCACACUUGCUGCCCCCUACGUCAAGGCUACCACCCGUGACAUGCGUCAAUACAUCAGGAACCGUAAAUACAGGGCGGUUCCUGUCGGUUACUCGGCAGCAGAUGUCUCACAGAACCGCUUCCAGCUUGCCCAGUACUUCAACUGUGGUACAGACGACGAGCGCAGCGAUUUCUUCGCCUUCAACGACUACUCUUGGUGCAACACCAACUUCCAAGAGUCUGGUUGGGACCAAAAGGUCAAGAACUUCACCGGCUACGGUCUUCCUUUGUUCCUUUCCGAGUAUGGCUGCAUCACCAAUGGACGCAGCUUCGGCGAGGUCGAGGCUUUGAUGAACAGUGAAAUGACAUCUGUCUACUCUGGUGGCCUUGUGUACGAGUACUCUGACGAGGGUAAUGGAUACGGCAUUGUCUCGAUUGACGGCGACAGCGUGUCUGAGAAGAGCGACUUUGCCGCCUACUCCACUGCUCUGGCGAAGAACGCCGCCCCUACUGGCGACGGUGGCUUCACCUCAACCACCAACUCCGUGGCCUGCCCAUCCCCCGACUCUGACUGGCUCGUGAGCAACACGAACUUGCCUGCCAUCCCUACUGGCGCAAGUCAGUACAUGACCAAGGGUGCUGGUGACGGCCCUGGCCUGAAGGGCGACGGUUCCCAGAAUGCUGGUGGCACCUCGACCGGAGAUGCUGAGCCUGGCUCUGGAUCUGCCACUACAUCAGCCAGCGCUUCCUCUAGCGGAAACGCCGGUGCCGGCGGCCCUGGUCCCCUGGACAAGGGUGCUUUCGCGGUGACCGGUGUUGUCUUUUUCUUCAGCCUUGUUGGUACCCUGCUCUUGUAA